ACCAAAUCAUACAUGCCAGCAACAGAGCAGCUUCUUUGUUGUGUUAACAACAACACACGAGAGCUGCCAGUGAGUGAUCGCCUCGCCUCCCAAAACCCAGCGAGCGGCCUUCACACCUUCCUACAUAAAGGCGAAGAUGUCGGUGGCCGUGUGCCGUGGCCCGGCCAUGCCGUCGUUCGAGACCCCCGCCUGGCUGCUCCCGGCUGAGCCGUACAAGCCGGCGGUGGUCGUGGCGGCCGACGACCGGCGGCCUGCUCAGGUCGACAUAUGGAAUGCCAUCCAGGCAGACGUGGACGCCAAGGUGGCCGCCGCCAAGAAGCCGUACGUCAGCCCGCGCGUGCGCCGGUCCAUGAGCCAGAAGAGCCUCGAGGUCUGCACCGAGAGCCUCGGCUGCGAGACCGGCUCCGGCGACUUCACCGCGUCUCUGGACGCCGUCGACAUGUCCCGCUUUUUGGGCUCGCCGCUGCCCGUCGAGGCAGAGGAGUCCUUGUGGGAGAGCAGUGCCGCGCAAGGAAGCUACCCUGGCGACGACCUCGUGGCGGUGAACUACCACUCCUCGGCCGGGAGACGGUCGCCGCGCCGCUCGUUCCCGCCGCCGCUGCCGUCCAUGUCGAGCCGCGAUGGGCCGUGUCUUAAGAUGUGCUCCCGCCGCCAGGACGGCCGCCUCGUCGUCGAGGCGGUGGCGGUGAGGCCGCGCGGGUACCUCCAGGCGACCCGCCAGGAUGGCCGCCUCUGCCUCUCCUUCAUCGAGUGCUCUGCUCGCGGCCAGAGCGCGGCGAGCAAGAGCGCCGCGCCGACCGAGGCGUCCUACUUCCCGGCCGUGGAGGACAAGUGCGAGCCAGAGCAAGAGGUGGCCAUGCAAGUGGAGGAGGAGGAGGAAGACGAGGAGGAGGUGGAGGUGGUGGACAGAGGCACCGUGGUGGAGGUGAAGGUCAGCUCGCAGCCCCAGGCGCCCGCCGCCGCCAAGGUGCACCGGUCGACGCUCGUCAUCAACAAGUUCGUCGGCAGCACGCCCUUCACCUCCGAACAAGCCCGGUGCCACGCCGACGCGCCGCACCCCGAGCCGUCGGCCCGCGACGAAACCCCGCCAACGCUGCGCCGGGUGCCCUCGUCCACGACGACGCUCGCGGCCGCGGUCGCCGUGGCGUCGACCGAGACCGGCGCGCCGCACACGCCCAUCGACGGCGACGACGACGACGUGUGCGGCGUGCAGCACCCGCCGGCCCUGGCCGCCGCCGACACGAAGCAGCAGCUGCUCCUCUUCACGUCGCGGCGGGGCGACAAGCACGACCUGCUGCAGAGCGUGCGCCGGUGCCGGCAGCUGCGGCAGAGGCCGCUCUUCAUCCUGGAGCAGUACUGCAUUGCCACCUCCUAAUCGCACGCGCCCGAAGCAAAGCACAAGACGAACACAUGUCCAAUCAAUCAAGAUCAAUCACCCUAGCAUCCGCAUUUGCACCGCUGCUAAUGCGAUAGUUCGGUUGCCAGGCUUAAAUUAAUCGAGCACGCACGCCUACUAUUCCCAUGUCAGUUCCCAGAUAGUUAGCCAACGGGAUAAUAACCUUGAUUAAUCCGUGGCCACAGUGGCUGCUGCCUGCUUGCAUGCCGGGCUUUUUAGCGACAUAUGUCGCUCAUUUUUGCCCCGAUCGAUCGGUCGGGUCGCCGUUUGGUCCCGGUGCAUGCAGCGGCCGCUUCCGGCGUGGCCGCGUUGUACUGUAUUUCUAGUGUGAUUUGAGUAAUUAUCCAAUGAAUUAA